AUGUUUUUUUCAUCUCUCUCUGUGCAGUUUACUUCGCAUCGUUUCUCUAUAGCUUGGAGUCGCGUUCUUCCAACUGGAGGUACAGACAAUAUCAACCAAGAGGGUGUUAAAUUUUACAGGGAUUACAUUGACAAAGUUAUAAGCAAUGGCAUGGAGCCGAUGGUUACAAUGCUUCAUAUGGACCAUCCGGUAGCGCUGGAAAUUGCCACUGGCGGCUGGGAUUACCCUGCAAUGGUCGAAAAAUUCGUGGUAUAUGCUGAAUUCUUGUUUAAAACUUUCGGAGACAAGGUUAAGUAUUGGAACACUGUAAAUGAGCCGAACAUGUUCUGCAGUUACUGGCCUGGCCUGGCUCCAAGAGAAAACGGAUUUCACCGAUGCGUGCACAAUAUUAUAGUGGCACAUAUGCAGGCUUACCAGCUGUAUAAACAAAAAUAUGCACCAACUCAAAACGGAAAAGUCGGUGCAUCCGUUCUGAUGUCGCCAGGAAUGCCAAAGACAACCCAGGCAGAGGACGUGAUGGCGGCGGAAGUCUUCAAUCAGGUUUAUUGCGGGACCGUUCUGCAUCCACUUGUUUAUGGAGAUUACCCCCCUGUUUUGCGCUACCUGACCGACAAACUCCAGAAAGAAAAGAAUGUCAGUGAAGCAAUUCUACCGACCUUUACUGACGAACAGAAGGCAAUACUCGCAGGUGGUGCCACAGACUUCGUUGCUCUAAAUCUUUACAGUGAAUUCAAAGCCGGCUACAGCAACAACCCUACCAACCCUAACAUGCCAGUACUUUUCAAAGAUAUGAUGGAAGAGAUACCUUUUGUAGAGAUAUCCGGCACAGGUGGUUUUUCCAAGGUGGACGAUGCACUUAUGAAGAAUGGACUUCUGUGGAUAUGGCGUAGUUACCACAUUCCAAUCAUCAUCGCAGAAAACGGCUUGGGUGACACGAAGCACGCAGGAGUCAACGAUACAGAGCGCGCGGCAUACCACAGUGCUAACCUUCGAUCUCUGGUGCGAACAAUUAAGGAGUAUGGCGUGGAAGUUCUUGCGUACUAUGCGUGGGCAUUAUUGGAUGUGUACGAGUUCUCAGCAGGCUACUCUGGGCGUCCAUUUGGACUCAUUCACGUCGACUACAAGACGGGAUCGCUCAACCGCACUCUGAAGAAUUCGGCACAAUUUUUUAUUGAGCUGAGGGACACCGGCAGGGUGCCGAAUAUUCUCCCGCCAGACGAAGGACCGUCAACCAGCGCAAGUUCAACAUUAUCGUCGGGACUACUGCUUCUGGCAGUCGGGGCAAUGAGGGGUCUAUGGCUCUGAGAAAGGGCCCUGUUUCAAGAAAUUCAAAUUUAAUAGGGCCUGCGUACAUGUACCUGCACUGGAUUUUGGAUGUUUACGUUGACUUUUACGCACACGCACUGUCAAUAAACUCCGUAGAAAUACGGAAAUUCAACGAAGACUGGCCGAUCCUUUUACUGCAAGAAAAAGUGUGAAUUGUACAACAAAAAUGCAACAAAAACUGUACAGUAAAAGUUCAACAGGGAUUGUAGAAAGGACAACGAGAAUUGUACAAACCACAACGAGGCCUGGACUGCACAGCUCGUCAUGCCGGUUCCAUUGUACUUUGUACAACAAUUGUUGUACUUUGAAAUUACAAUAAAUUCCUGGUAAAUUUGCCAGGAAUUUAUGUAGUUUUGUUGUGGUUUUAUUUUGCAGAGUUGUACGUAGAGCUUCGUUUUAAUAAAUUAUGGAUUUUCUCCAUUUGAA